AAAAUUCCAUUUUGCUUCUGCGUGGAAAAGGGAUAAAGUGCGAAAAAGUGUGAUGAAAUUUUUCUUGAAAUUUAUGUGUGAUUCAGUGUACAAAGGGAUGAUUUUUGUACCCAACAACUAGCUCAAUCUUUCUACAAUACCCUCCAAGUUUUCCAAAAACGUGAAAGUGUGAUUUUUUGCCAUGAAUUUCGCCAAGGCCAUAGUAUUUGUGGUUUGUGCAUUCCUACUAUUGGAUGCAAUUGCCACAGAGAAUGUCUCUUCGUCGACCACAGCACCAUCUUCAUCGACUGUGCAUACAAAUGUCACAUCAACGGAACCCUCAGAUACUCCAGAGGAGGCAAACAUUACCAAUGCGGACACAGAGCAUAGUAGUAGCGCAGUGAAUCCUGUGAGUCCGUCUACAAAUAAUACGGAAUCACAUGAUUUACCCGAUACUGGAGCUGUUGAGAGGGAACACAACAGUUCUCUGAAUAUAUUCUUUGUGCUAUGCGUCAUCGCAUUGGGCAUUCUACUGAUUCACUGGAUGCUGCAUACAGGAUUUCAGUAUCUACCCGAGAGCAUUGUAGUGGUGUUCCUGGGAGCCCUGAUUGGGUUGCUCAUAAAUGCCCUUUCGGAGGGCAACAUUUCAAACUGGAAGCGCGAGGAAGUCUUCUCCCCAACAGCCUUCUUCCUCGUUCUCCUACCACCAAUCAUCUUUGAAUCCGGCUAUAAUUUGCACAAGGGAAACUUCUUCCAGAACAUCGGCUCAAUUUUAGUUUUUGCCAUAAUCGGAACGACAAUAUCAGCCCUCGUUAUUGGCACUGGAGUGUAUAUCCUGGGUCUAGCGGAUGUUGCUUAUCAUUUCAACUUUGUGGAGUCAUUUGCAUUUGGCUCCCUCAUUUCGGCCGUUGAUCCCGUGGCGACUGUUGCUAUAUUUCAUGCUUUGGACGUUGAUCCAGUGCUGAACAUGUUGGUGUUUGGAGAAAGUAUCCUCAACGAUGCCAUCUCAAUUGUCCUGACAACGACAGUUAUGGAAUCUGCCAAGUCAUCAGCUGCAGAUGUUGGAACAGGAGAGGCAGUAAUCGGUGCCUUCUACACCUUUUGCAUGAUGUUCUUCGCAUCAGCUGGCAUAGGGGUGGUAUUUGCCCUUAUCAGUGCUUUGUUGCUUAAACACAUUGACCUUAGGAAGCAUCCAUCGCUUGAAUUUGGAAUGAUGCUCGUUUUUACAUACGCUCCCUACGUUCUGGCUGAAGGCAUCCAUCUAUCAGGCAUCAUGGCAAUCCUCUUUACUGGAAUCGUCAUGUCGCACUACACCCAUUUCAACUUGUCAACUGUUACGCAAAUUACCAUGCAACAAACCAUGAGAACACUCUCCUUCAUUGCUGAAACGUGUGUCUUCGCUUACCUAGGUCUGGCAAUCUUCUCCUUCCAGCAUCGCUUCGAAGUUUCCCUAGUCAUCUGGUCGCUUUUCUUAUGCUUAAUUGGACGAGCAUGCAACAUCUUCCCACUUGCAUGGUUGGUUAAUAAAUUCCGCGAGCACAAGAUUACCAGCUCAAUGCAGUUCAUCAUGUGGUUCUCCGGACUCCGUGGUGCAAUCUCCUACGCCUUGUCUCUUCAUUUGGAUCUCUCCAGUGAUGAUUCCCGUCAUGUAAUCAUCACCACAACACUUAUUAUCGUCCUAUUCACAACUCUAGUCUUUGGGGGUUCCACAAUGCCCCUACUGAAGUACUUACGGGCAGGGAAGAAGCAGAAAUCCACGAGAUCUCUUCGUAGAAAUAGCCGUCGACGUCGCGAUGUUCCCAUUUCGCUGUCAAAGACUCGCGAAUGGGGUCAGGCAAUUGAUUCGGAACACCUGUCGGAGCUUACGGAGGAGGAAGAUGUAGCCUUCUCGAAGACACGCCUUGGUGGUUUUGCGCGCCUCGACAGGAAGUACUUGACGCCAUUCUUUACGCGUCGCUUCACAACGCAAGAACUCCACGACUGCAAAAGUCAGAUGGCUGAUUUAACCAACAAAUGGUACCAGGCAAUUCGUGUUUCACCAGAUCACACGGAUGAUGAGGAAGACGCAAUCUCGCGACAGACUGAUCUCGGAUCCUCACAGUCCACCUUGCCAGUGGGAACGCCAAGAGUUCCUAACUAAAAAAAAUAUCUGCGUGCCACAAACGAUGGAUGAAUGAAUGGUUCAGUAUAGAAGACUUGUGCAACUCCUCCGGAGGAUUCUUUUAGAAAUUUUUGUGACUAUUUAGAAAGAUUUUUGAAAUGGCUUUAAAACGACGAAAAAGUGUGACUUUUUGUGAUACGAGAAGAAUUUGUCAAGGGAGCUUUUUUAUAAUUUAAUGCUUUCCAGGUGUAUUUUAGUAUGUAAAUUUAUUUAAUCUAUUCCAAUGAAUUACAACAGGUAUAUAACAAUCAGAAGAAAACCACCUUAGUUGAAUUUUAUUACUGAAAAAGAAGUAUUAAAUAAAAUAUUUUAAUUUCAAGAAAA